GCGGGGAUAACGUCCACUUUCAAUUCAAGCGUUGACAUAGACCACAAAACGAUUCCCCCAAAUGCCUGGCUUCAAGAAGCGCAAGAUAUCUCAUGAGAGAGUAGCUGAGGGAGAAAAUGUCUCGGAUGAUUCCAGAUCGUCACAGGAAGAUGUUCAAGAGAGUGCUGCCGAAGAGGCAGAAUCGCAUAACGAUGAUGGAGCUGCCAAAGCCCCCAAGACAUUUAAGGACUUGGGAUUGAUUCCUCAGCUCUGUGAAGCGUGCGAUACUCUUGGAUACAAAGCCCCAACUGCCAUUCAAACAGAAGCCAUACCAUUAGCUUUGCAGAAUCGAGAUUUGAUCGGUUUAGCAGAAACAGGAUCCGGAAAAACAGCUGCUUUCGCAUUGCCCAUUCUACAAGCGCUCAUGGACAAACCUCAACCAUUCUUCGGAUUAGUGCUCGCACCAACUCGUGAGUUGGCGUACCAAAUAUCCGAAGCCUUCGAAGCUCUGGGAUCAACGAUAUCGGUUCGCAGUGUCGUUCUAGUCGGAGGAAUGGAUAUGGUGCCACAAGCUAUCGCAAUCGGUAAACGACCACAUAUAAUCGUCGCUACACCCGGUCGAUUACUCGACCAUCUCGAAAAUACAAAGGGGUUCAGUUUGCGAAGCUUGAAAUAUCUGGUUAUGGAUGAAGCGGAUCGUCUAUUGGACAUGGACUUUGGCCCUAUCAUUGAUAAAAUCCUCAAGGUUCUACCAAGAGAAAGGCGCACGUUCUUGUUCUCUGCGACAAUGAGUUCGAAAGUGGAAGGCUUACAGCGCGCAUCCUUGAGCAAUCCACUCCGAGUCUCGGUUUCAUCCAACAAGUACCAGACUGUCUCGACUCUUUUGCAAUAUUACCUUUUCAUUCCACACAAACACAAGGACGUCCAUCUGAUCUGGUUACUGAAUGAGCACGUCGGCCAGAGCGUCAUCAUCUUUACGCGCACAGUCCACGAAACAAUGCGUCUAACCAUCUUAGCAAGAGCACUAGGCUUCGGCGCAAUCGCCCUUCACGGCCAACUCUCCCAAUCCGCACGUCUAGGUGCGCUCGGAAAAUUUCGUUCACGAAGUCGUGAUAUCCUGAUCGCUACCGAUGUCGCUGCUCGAGGUCUCGAUAUCCCCUCUGUCGACCUCGUGCUCAACUACGACCUAGCAGCAGAUAGCAAAACACACGUCCACCGAAUCGGCCGAACAGCGCGAGCCGGAAAAUCAGGUAAAGCCAUCAGUCUAGUCACACAAUACGACGUUGAGGUCUGGCUUCGUAUUGAGAAGGCGCUGGAUCGGAAGUUACCUGAAUAUAAAGUUGAGAAGGAGGAGGUUUUGAUCUUGUCGGAUCGGGUUGCGGAGGCGCAGCGACAGGCUAUUACUGAGUUGAAGGAUUUGGAUGAGAGAAAGAAUGGUGGUAGAGGAUCGGGGCCGAAAGGAAGGAGGUUUGGAAACGGUAAACGGGGACGGGAUGAUAUGGAUCAGGAGGAGGGUUGA